CCUUUUCAAAGAAGCUCUCCAGCCACGUUUGUUUUUUACUCAUUCUGGCUAGGUGUUAGCAGCUUGUGGGCUGACCAACACUGUGACUGAGACAAGUGCGCAGUGCGGGAAAGCGGCGCGGAUGUAAAUGGUCAAUAAUAAAACAAUGGGGGUGAGCCCAUGGGUGGAAAAAAAACUGAUUUUCAGCGGCAGGCAUCGGGUUUUUUCUUUAAUACAAUUAAACCCGAUUUCGGGGAAUUACAACCUGGUUUAAUGAAUACGAAACUCUGAUCCAAGGCCUAGGCUGCUUCCUCGUCGGUGCUGCUAUCGUACUCGGGGGGGCCGUCGGGCACGGGGUAGUCGUAGAAUGCGGCGGGCAGGUUGGUCUUGAUGAACACGAGCUUCUCCUCCACAAUCGUGGGCGCCAGUGAGUUCCUUAGCUUGGAAUGGAUGAAGCCCAUUGUUGAGAAGUUGGCGAAGUUGCGGUUCUGCAAUUAGAACCAAUUAAACCGGAUUUAUCCCAAUCUCAGAUGAUCGGGUUUAAUAUAAAAAGACAAUUAAACCCGAUUGUAAAAAACCCGACUGUACCUCCCUUGGGCGGGCCACGCGCGGAUUCACCACUCUCACCUGCUGUGCGGCCCGGUACCUGUAAUGUAAAGGAUGUGGAAACAGCCGCAGUCGUGGGUUGGUUUAGUUAUCAUUCAUCAACUCUGGAGCUUUCCAAACACGAGAUAUUUGACAUUCUUUACGUGAUAAUGCAUCACACCUGACUUGUGUGCCACACACACACACACCUGUAAUACAGCCACCAGGAGGUAGGACCAAUGGUGCACACAUGAUCUAUCUGGGGGACGUCACUGUGCCUCGGGGUUUGUGGAUGUCUCUUGCGGUCUCUACUGCUCGGGUCUGGAGCCCUGAAGUGGCAGCGCCGUCUUGUAAAAGGCUCGCUUGGCUCCGUGUAGCUGCUCUUUGCGGGACGAUGGCGUUGGUGGUGUACGAGGACGCAAUUCCCCCGGUCCUUCGCCGUUUCCACGAGCCGUCGAUGGCGCUGAGAUUCGCGGGACGAGACGUCUCCCUGCGGCAGGACUGGGGCAGGCUUGGCGUGGCUGCCGUGGUCUGGGACUGCGCUGUGGUUCUGGCCACGUACCUUGAGCUCGGCGCGGUGGAGGUGAAGGGAAAACGUGUCCUGGAGCUGGGUGCUGGAACGGGGCUGGUGGGAAUUGUAGCGGCGCUUCUCGGAGCAUCGUCGGUGAGCAUCACGGACCGUGCGCCCGUGCUGGGCUUCAUCCAGGAGAACGUGGACGCCAACCUGGGCGCGGGCGAGCGGAGUCGCGUGGCCGUGCGGGAGCUCUCGUGGGGCGAGGGCCUCGGCGCCUGGGCCCCGGGCGAGCACGAGCUCGUGCUGGGUGCCGACAUUGUGUACGUGCGGGACACCUUCCCGGCACUGCUCGCGACGCUGCGCCACCUUUGUCCCCACGGCACGGAGACGCUGGUGCUUCUGGCGUGCCGGAUCCGGUACCAGCGGGACGAGGACUUCCUGGAGAUGCUGGCAGGCUCCUUUGUGGUGGAGCGCGUGCACCACUGCAGCGAGCGCGACAUCCACAUUCUGCGCGCGAGCAGGCGGCCUUCUCCCUCCGGAGAGCUGUGAGCGUCCGUCUGCCUAAGAUGCCAAGCAAGGCAGCCCCACGUACAGACGGUCACAAGGAGUCUCAAAAGACACUCAUUCUGGAGGAGUCCUGCGUUGUUGAUCGUCAUCAGCCACGAUCAAAACUCGAUUAAGGUCUUGCCCAAGCCACCACAAUCUCUCACGAUCCUUUGAUGCAAAAAUCCACCGAACACCUGCACAAGAGCCGAUUUCAUCGCCCCGUCACCGCGGUGGACAAUAAUAUAACAAAAAUGAAUCAAUCAUGUUGACAUCACCUUCACACCUGUGUCAAUGCUGUAUCCCGGUCAAUAGUGUACUUCCUGCCCGGUGGGUUCCCUCCCGUAGCUGCCACUCCAUUGUUCGUAUCGACCACCGACCAUUAUCCCUUCGAGAGACGUGUCCCUGCCCAAGCCCACUUACAUUUAAUACGUCAAUAUGAUGUGUUAGCCGUUAUUGUUAAAGGAGUAAUUUGCACAUCAGAGGGAAAGCAAUGGGCUGGUUGCUUAAACAUCUCGUGAGUUUCCCCCGCACCCCCCCCCCCCCCCCGAUCAUGUAGCGAUUUAAAUGGCAGUGGAAAAAUACACUUGUGUAUACAGGGUGUUUGAAAAGGAUUGAACCCGAUUUGAAAUCGCUACAUCUUUGCAACCACAAACCGCCCAUGAAUGAAACUCUUACCACUUGAAAGGGCGGGGCAUAGUUUCAAAUGAUUACAGUUUGAUGUCUCUCCCAGCGCACAAACAGCCUCUAGCCUCAGUCAUUCGCAAGACACACUGCCGCAUCGUUGGAUAGGUCGCACGGGACCCCAAGACUUGGCGCUACACUCUUGGCCCCCAAGAUCCCCAGACAUCACACCCUGCGACUUUUUCUUGUGGGGAUACGUCAAAGACCGCGUUGUUGUGCCACCAUUAGCGACUAAUCUGGAUGACCUAAAAAACAGAAUCACGGCAGCGGUGACUUCAGUAGAAGAAGACACUUGGAGAGGCGUUUGGGACGAAUUCAACGAUCGUCUCGAUGUUGUCCGUACAGCAGGUGGAGGGCACACAGAGCAUUUAUAAAAUGGUUAGUAAAACUUGAUAACUCAUUAAAUCGUUUGUAACUUUUUGUAUAAUUGUAACAUGUUGCCAUCGUGAAAUAUACUGCUUUGAAACUGGGUCCAUGUUUUUGCAACACCCUGGACUAUUCAACCUGCCUCACGACACCUGGAGAAGAAAAAUAAAAAAACACGAUAACGCUCAAAAUGGAAAAUAGAUGUAAUGAACAUGUUUGUACGGAUCUCUAUUGGUCGCGUUGUCGGGGGUUUCUUGCUGUGGAAGAGGCUCAAUUCUAUCA